AACGGAGGCUCUUCUCUCGCAGUUAGCGAAAUGCUAACGUUAUGCUAUUCUCUCUUAUAACUUAUUAAAAAAGCAUCCUCUUAUCGUUCGUCAUCAAAGGCCCGUUUUGUGUUUUUCACGCGUACCACACAUCGAUCAGCUGAUUUAUUUGAACCCAAAUAGGUGGCUGUCGUUAGGAGGAGUUUGCAGCAAACGUUAUUCAUUCAAAAUGCAGCCAAUUUGGUCUCUUUAAUGCGUGAGAUAACAAAUAAAUAAGGUAUGGGCUGAUUUUGCCACAAAAGAAGGGAUUAUCAAAGACCACAACCCUACCGAAACCCUCUGUGUUCGGGGAUGACUCCGAUGAAGAGACCUCGGUUGGGGAAAGUCUGCAGAGAGAAUCAAUAAAAAAGAAGAUGAUGAAACAGACACGUCUGGAGAUGCAGAAGGCCCUGGAGCAGGACAGUACUGUAUAUGACUAUGAUGGUGUGUACGAUGACAUUCAGAAACAGAGACUUGAGACCAACAAAAAAAUUCUGGGAGGCGCUGACAAAAGGCCAAAAUACAUCCACCAGUUAAUGAAAGCAGUAGAGGACCGAAAGAAAGAACAAGAACGAAGGGAGGAGAGGAAGAUUCAGAAGGAAAGAGAGGCAGAAGGAGAGAAGUUUGCGGAUAAAGAGGCUUACGUUACAUCUGCCUAUAGGCAAAAACUGCAGGAGCAGAAGGAGGAGCAGGAAAGAGAGAGGAGAGAGGCAGAGAUGGAAGCUGCUUUGGAUGUGAAGAAACAAAAAGACCUGAGUGGCUUUUAUCGGCACCUGCUGAAUCAGACUGUGGGAGAGGAGGCAAUACCAGAUCGCUCGGCAGUCAAACCUCAAACUUCAACAGUUUCAAAAGACUCAGAGAAGAUGUCACCUGUUCCCUCACCUUCGUCCCAUGAAAAUAUCCCAAGUUCAAGCAGUGACACUGAGGAAGGCCAUGAGCAGAGAUCUGGGUUUAUGAAGCCUGGAGGCGGCUCUGCACACUCAAAGCGCCAGUACAGGCAGAGGUCACCUUCAUCAGGGAGCGGAGAUGACAAGGAGAGGGAAAAAGAAAAGGAGCGAGACAGACAUAAAAAGAGUCACAGAGACCAAGACAGAGGGAGGGAUAGGGAUAGGGAAAGAGACAGAAACAGGGGGAGGGAAAGAGAUGACAGGCAUGGAGAAAGAAGAAGUGACAGGGAUAGAAGGAGGGACAGAGACCGAGGCAGAGAAGAUGACAGAGGUAGAGGCAGGGGGGAUACGGAGAGGGAAGACAGGCAUGGGAAGAGGGAGAGGAGCCCCAGAGAAAGAGAACGGGAUAAGAAUGGGGAGAGGGAAAAGAGAAGGAAACCAGAUGAAGACAAGUGGAAAGAUAGACAUCUGGAGGAAGAGAAGGAACCAGAGAAGGAGAAGAGUCUGAAGAGGGAAGAAAAGGAUCUCGAAAAGAAGGAAGAAGGCAAAGAAUGCACAAAGGGGAACAAAGAUGAGCAGAAAAAUCAAGGCGAGGAGGAAGAGGAGGAGAAGGCAAAUAAGUUUGCAAAGCGCAGCACGGAUCACACUGUGAGUUCGGCGAGAGAGAGGUACAUGGCCAGGCAGAUGGCGCGCUCGGCAUCUAAAAGCUAUAUUGAGAAAGAGGAGGACUGAGAGCACACAAAGAAAACAUCCCCAAACUGCACUCAGAUUUUAUAUUUUGUUUAAAAAAGCAAAUGUUUUUUUUUUCUUCUUUAAACACUUAAUACUUAUUGAACUUGAGUGGUUCCUUCUGAAAAAUACACUUUUUAGCAACUUAAAAUGAAGCUGUAUGUAAGAGCCUUAUUUAAAAGUUUAGGGGAAAAUCCUCAAACAGGAGGAAAUUGGAAAAAAUGCAUUUUUAAGGACUGUUUUUUGCUGUGGAUUAAUACACACUUGGUAUACGAGUGGGUCUUUAAAAACUAAAACAGGAUGGGAUAAACUGCAGCGCUUGUGUUCCUUGUAAAGAACUUCCUCCCCUUUGCAGUGCCGAAUAUCGAUCUUUGUAAAAUUUCUGGACAGCUGUGGAGGUUUGUAGCAAAAUGAGUAAGAUGACAACACUUCUAAGUAGAGUAAGUUUGUUGUUGGUUAUAGCCUUUUCAUGGCACAGUAAUACAAUUAUAGGACAUUACCAACCUUUUCCUGUAACCACGCAGUGAACAGACUGUGUGAGUGUUUUUGAUUUCUCUUUGUAAAAAACAAAAAAUGUUGACCUGUAAAAUAUGAUAAUUUUGCCAGAGUCUCUUGUGUCCUGUUAUAAAGGAAUGAGUGUAAAUAGUAAGUUUUACCUCAGCUGCUAAACUGGGAAUGUGAAUGAGUGUGGAAUUACUUGUGCAGUGAUGAUGUGUUCAUUCACUUUUACAUUUUAGGUGCAUUCAGUGAUAGGCUAAUAAAAUAAGAUCUG